CCCGCAAAUCUCAUAAACCCCAUUACCCCGCCCAGCCUAUGAUUCGAUCUAUGCUAUUACGAACGUGCCCGGCCUUGCCCCCCCUCCCAUCCACGUCUAUCACGUACGUGCACGGCCUUACCCCUCCCCCUCUUAUCCUUAUCUAUCACUUACAUGCCAGGCCGUGCCCAUCCCUUACCAUCAAUGUAUAUCACUCACAUCCCUGCAUACUCCGCCUAUCCUAUAGCUCUAUACUAUCACGAACGUGCCUGGCCGUGCUCUCCCCUCUCAUCCAUGUCUAUCACAUACAUACCUACAUAUCUAAUUAAUUAAUUAUUUAAAUAAUAUACAAACGUUUGAUACGUAUGAUUAAAAUAUUACAUAAGAAUUAAUAAUAUCCUUAACUAUCAGUUAAAUGAUAUUAUGAAAUGUGAAAGUAUACAACUUAUAAUUGCUAUUUAAUGAUUGUCAUGUAGUAAACAAUCCCAUUAACCCUCUAUCAUCACAAUAUUUCGGGGAAAAAUAAAGCAUAGUGUGGUCUACAAUAUCGUCAGUAGUGAAUAGUGAUACAAACACUGAACCAUCAAGUCGUUUUGCUCCAUGCUUAAAAUAAUUUUUACACUAUUCAAAUAAAUUAAAAUUUAUACGUGUUUCUAAACAUGGGCGGUUCAAUCGUGGAUAAUGCAGCUAUAUACAAGAAAACCUUUACAUAUAUACCAUCAACACCGCCUUCAGAGCUCAUCCAUCAGAAUCGAUUCUACUAACUAUACCUUCAACUUCGUGAAACGUAAGUUUAUACAUAUUGGGGUCGAUCCGAGUAAUAUGUUUAGAGUAAUAGUACAUAAAAUAACACCAUCACGUUAUAUUAAUAUUUCAACUGAGUUUCUAAAGCAGAUAUUUUCACUGAUGGGUAAUAUACUAAUAUCUUAUCAUUUAUGUUAGAACAAACAGGAAAAUAUAAAAUAAUCAUAUUUCUAGAGACAGAGCAUUUAAAAUUAUCUAGCAUGAUGUAUAGUGGUGAAAACAAAUUAAUUAUAGAGUCUAAGAUACACGUUGGAUGUCAAAUUCUUUUAAAUCAUACAGAACUCGUACGACUUCAAUACCUAGAAUGGUGUAUUUUUGAAACGAUUAUACGAAAAUCUACUAUCAUGCAACCAAUCAUCUUAAAUCAAUUUGAAAUAUUUACCGAAUAUCUCGAUAGAGAACUUAUCAAAGUGAAAUCAUCGCCAAGAAUGAGUGAAGAAAUUAUUAUAUUUAUUAAAAAUAUAGGUGAUGAUCAUCUUAUUACAAGCAGUCAAAAACUUGAUAUUAAUUUCAUCAGUCAACUCAAAAUGCUAGCAUUUACACAAUUAGCAGAACAUUCAAUACAACGAUGGAAUAGGGAAAAUAUGUCACCAGAGUUAUUUGAUGGAAAUGUAGAAAUUAUUUCACCAACCUCACCACCAAACAUCAAGACAGAUAAUACAUCUGAUACACAAAAUGAGGAGGAGGAUAUUUUCAAAGCAAAGUCAUAUGAUUCAAUUCAGGAUAUACUACAAUCAUUUGAUGUAAACGAUGGUCCUGACUUUUUCAAAACGCAACCCACACCUCUCCAUCAUCAAUCAACGUAUGCUACGUUCCCAAAGCCAUUGCACAGAAUAAAAAAGAUUUGCUAUGCCUCAAUAGAAAUUGAUGAACACCGACGUACGGUGUUGGAAAUUCACGGAGAACACAAAAAUCAUUUCCAAUUGACGGAUUUGGAGAUAGAAAAACACGAAGUAAGUCCAAAUAAGAAUUAUAAGUUAAUCGGUGAUUUGACAAGGUUUAUUUAAAUAUUAAUGUCUAUAAAAAUUGUUCACUUGAUUAAAAACUUAAAAAUGUAAUAAAAUAAAGUCCCUUGUAAGUUUUUAAC